UAACUCGUCUUAGAGUGAAGACUGAAGGCUCGCGGCUUGCUAGUGCUGCGGUGGAAGUGGUGCUGGGACUGCUCCCUCGUCAUUCUCUGCCCGUACGCUGUCGGGAGAGGAGGUCGGCGUUAGUGGUGGUGGGGGUGUUGUACUGCCGCAUCUACCCUCAACUCUCGCCAUAGCUAGUACUUCCAUAGACUCUUUCUCUUUCCCUUGAUCUGCUCCCCAUCUAUCGGUAACACUACAGUUAUUAUUACUACAUCUCUUCACCGUUCCUCGAAAUUGCAUCGUCUUGUCUCCAUCCUUUCCCAUGUAAGCCUCCCUCCCAGCAUCCUCUUAGAUCAUCUCAGCAAGUUGUUAUCAUUCAUUCAGCCGCUGAGUCGCUCCUCACCUAUACCACUGUCAGCAAUACCACCACCACCACCAACAACAUCAUCAUCAUCCAUCUCCUGCUACUACUGAUUACUGCUGCCAAUACACUCUACACUACUACUACUACUACUACUACUACUGGUGCUGCUACUACUACUACUACUACUACUACUACUACUACUGCUACUGCUACUUAAACUACCAACACCCUCGGGACACACUUUACAAAUCUUCAUCUUCUACUACUACUACAACCCUCCAUGCGCCCCUUACUUUCCCUGCCGAAGAAGGUCUUCUGAAGGUGCAGCAGCCAUGGCGUCCCUCUGGCUCUUCACGCCUCUGCUGGUGGUACUCUUGCUGCUGCUGCUGCUGCUGCUUCCUCUGCUGGCCUUCGUCAGUGCGGAUGAGGGGUCAAGCGGGCGCAUCAGCCAGAGCCCCGCCCCGCCAGACUUCGCGCAUCCUGCUCACAACAUGACGGCGGUAGAGGGGCAGGAGGUGACACUGGCCUGCUCCGUCACCAACCUGCACGGCUACCAGCUGGCGUGGGUGCAUGAGGACACCCAGACCAUAUUGAGUGUGGGCGACCAGCUAUACACUCAGAGCCCGCGCCUGUCGCUCAGCACUGACCAGCACGGGGCGGAACUCACUCUGUCCCCGGUGCUGGCUGACGACCGAGGCUGGUACAUGUGUCAGCUCAACACGGGACCCAUGACUUACACCAGGAGCUACUUGCAGGUGCUAGUGGCCCCUGCCUUAGAGGAGUGGUCGGGGGCGUACGUCGAGGCGCGGGAAGGAUCUAAGGUGUCCCUGAUCUGCCGUGCCCGCGCCUAUCCACCCGCACGGACCACCUGGCGAAGGGCUGACGCUGAUCCCAUCUUUCGGUCACCGCGAAUAGUGUGGGAGGUGGACGGGGAGGAGCUGGAGUUCCCCUCGGUGCGGCGUGAGCAGGGCGGUGCCUACACCUGCCGCGUCGACAACAAAGUCACCGCGCCCGUCAGCCGCACCACCCACCUCACCGUUACCUACGCUCCGGUGCUGUGGUUGGGGCGGGAGCUGGUGGGCGUGAGGGAAGGUGGCAGCGUUACUCUGAACUGUUCCAGUGAAGCCAACCCGCCACCGAGGCAUUACUGGACGGUCAACAGGUCCAACAUCACCACUGGUGAGAAGUAUCAGGUGGAGGAGACACGCACGGCCACGAAGACUCAAGUGCAGUUGACAAUACGGCAGGUGGGGCGGGAGGAUUUCGUCAACUACGCCUGCCACGCCUUCAAUCCCACGGGACACGCACGGGGCACCAUCAAGCUGUAUGAGAUUCGGGAGCAUAUUGUCACGCAGCCCACCAGACCGCCUCGGCCGCCCAUGCUCCCCACCCGCCGCGCCCACACAGAUGUGUUUCACCGUCUCCCGGGGCGUCCCAACACCACCCUGCAGGACUCCCGGGAAGGAAACACUCCAGGCUGAAGACCAACCGCAUCCCUGGAGACUGGGGCGGGCCGUCUGGUGGGCAGCAUUACCCGGGCAUCAUCAUCCCCACCGCCACCAUCGCCACCCACAGGAAAGACGGCAGCUUCCCUGGGAGGAUCAACUUCCACCAACGAAGUGGAAUCAAUGGAUCUUCCUCGGCAGGACACUCCCUUCGUGGUGGUAUGAAGGGGGUUGGAUGCUUCCCCUUGCUUCUCCCUUCAGCCUUCGCCGUGCUGCUGUUGGUGCUGGUACUGAAUGAAUGGUGAAAGAAAAUAGUGAAAUGUGAUGCCUUCAGUGUCUGGCGUGUGGUGGUGAAGCUGAAACGAUGCUAUGUGAAGGUUUGUCUCGUUGGUGAGUCUCGUGGAGGUGUUCGAGGAGAGAGUAGAGAGGAGUGGUGGUGUGCUGUACAUAAACUAUAGUAAUGUGCAACUGUGGGCGGAAUUAAUGAACGGGCGUAGUAAAGUGUAGUGAAUUGCAAGGAUAAAAGUGCAUGACGCGUAAUCUAAUGUGUUUAUGUGUGUGUUUGUGUGUAUAGCGUUGAUAUAAGAGUUUUCAUUCCUUCUCUCCCUCGCAUGUAAUUAAAGCAGUAAGGAGAAGGACUUGGGUGUGUUCUACGUAGUCUUCAGUGUGUACAUUGAUCAAUUCGUGAAGUGAUAAAGGAAGGACACUGAAAAUUAAGAAAUGUAAUGAAAGCCAUUGAAACACGAAAAAAAGAACAAUUAAAAAAAUGGGAAAUAAGAUGGAAAAAAAGAAAAUAAGACUGCUGGUUAUGUGGUGAAGUGUGUGGCCAUAUUACUUCCUUGAUUUACUGAUUCAUCUCUUCCAUUCACUUUAGAAUCAGUUCAUAAAAGGUAAUCAAAUAUUUUCGUGUGUGUGUGUGUGUGUGUGUGUGUGUGUGUGUGUGUGUGUGUGUGUGUGUGUGUGUUCUGCAGUUCGCCAUACCCAUCUUACACAAUCUUUGGCAUUCUCUGUGGUGAAGUCAAUCGUUCAUCAAGUCCUCAUAGUCACGUCAGCUCAUUUCAUCCUCACAGACACAGAUGGAGGGAAGGAAUGGAGAGACACACACUUAAAUUCAAUUAGCUUUAUAUUCUCGUCAUAAAGUACAGAGGGAAUCAGUGUUACAGGAGACUCAGAACAGGAUAGAGGGAGAGGGAGAGGAA